AUUUCAGUUGGUGGUAGCGCGGCAGUGGGAUGAGGGCAGGAAGUUCUGCUACACGGGUACGUCGAAGUGGUAGGUACGGAUUGUGGUGAUUGCGCGAGCUGCUGACUCGGUCCGCGGAACGUAGCUAGCGGUAAAUUACAACAUGGCGGAACGAAGGAAAAACAGGAAACGCAAAGACGAAAUUCCAAACCCGGAGAACGAGGAGGCACCAGAGAAGCCGUCCAAAGAAGAAUAUGCAGUGGCUAAAUGGAUUCGAAACAAUGUCCCAUCCAAAAAAACCAAAUUCCUAAACCACAAUGUCCAGUACUUCACAGGGACGCGGGCAGUUGAUGCUUUGCUUGAAAAGUCACCGUGGAACAAAACGAUGUUCGAAUCUCGAGAACAGAUUACUAGCUUUCUCGACGUCAUGCUUAGACACAAGUUCUUUCACCGCGCCAAAAAAAUUGUUCUCUCAGAACAAGAGCUCAGCAAAAUUAGGGGCACUAAGAAGAAAGGGAAGGAUGCUGGAAAGUCUGAUUUGAAGGAGGAGAAGAAAUCUCUGGAUAAAGAAGAUAGUAAAGAAAAAGAGUCAACAGACGCCAAAGACGUUGGUGAGAAGCAAGAGGAGAAGAAAGAGCUGAAAAAGAAGCCGAAGGUACGUCUGGAAAUGCACUUGGAUCAGUAUUUCGCGGAUAGUAAUGAUGCCUAUGUUUGGAUAUAUGAUCCAAUCCCUCUCUACUACUGGUUGAUUGGAACUUUGGUGGUAUUGGGUACGAUAGGAGUGUGCCUCUUCCCAUUGUGGCCACCAUCCAUUCGUCAAGGAGUCUAUCACAUCAGCGUUACUGCAGCCGGAUUUCUUGGCUUCAUAUUAGCAUUGGCCGUCAUCAGGGUGAUUGUCUUCUGUCUACUCUGGGUGCUGACACUUGGCAGGCAUCACCUCUGGCUGUUACCAAACCUAGCAGAGGAUGUUGGAUUCUUUCCCUCAUUCUGGCCAUUAUAUCAAUACGAGUAUUGUGGCCCCUCUUCUGAUGGAGACAAGAAAUCAAGUAAAAAGAAAAAACGCAAGAAAGACAAGGAUUCUGAUGGAGAAGAAACACCUUUGUUACCUGGCGAUAGUCCAACUACCGAAGAUGAAGGAAACGAAAAUAAAAUUGAGCGACAUGGCGAGAGAUCAGAUGAUUUGGGGCAAAUGGAUGGUGAUGUAGAAGGUGAAGGAGAAGACGAGGGUAGCGAGGAGGGCUCUGAAAGUGAGAAAUCGAAUACAGAGCGUGACUUUGAAAUGGUCCAACAUAACGAGUUAGAAGAAAAAUAGCCUCUCUUUGUCUCAUAAAUGUUGAUUAUAAAUGCAUAAAAAAAAAUAUAUAUAUACAUAUAUAUAUUUAA